UGAUAAGCACGCCUGGCUUCUCAUCAUUCCCUCCAACCUUAUUCACCUCUCUCUCUCUCUUAAAAACUGUUUCUUCUCUCUCUAAUAAAAGGCUUCAAUUGUUUAUCAGCUUCUUCUUCUCUCUCUAGAUAAAGCUUUCAAUUCAAUUCUCUCUCUCUCUCUGUUACUUUUUCCUCUGCUUCUGUUCAUCUCUUGCUUCGUCUCCUAUUGAAAGGAAACAACUUUGACUAAAAAGAUCAAUACUUUUACAAUUAUUUCUCAUCAGAUUGGAUCUGGUCUUGGAGCUGAACAGCGUAGAGUGAAAGAGUUGGUAAAUACUGCUUAAAGCAUGUCUGUUUCAAUGAGAGAUUUGGAUCCAGCUUUCCAAGGAGCUGGACAAAAAGCCGGUAUUGAGGUAUGGCGUAUAGAGAAUUUCAGCCCUGCACCCAUUCCUAAGUCUUCCAUUGGGAAGUUUUUCACCGGAGAUUCUUACAUAGUACUGAAGACAACGGCGCUAAAAACAGGUGCUUUGCGUCAUGAUAUCCAUUACUGGCUUGGUAAAGAUACCUCUCAGGAUGAAGCUGGGACGGCUGCAGUUAAAACGGUUGAACUAGAUGCAGCUCUAGGAGGCCGUGCAGUUCAGUACCGGGAAGUUCAAGGCCACGAAACCGAGAAGUUCUUGUCAUAUUUUAAGCCAUGUAUCAUACCUCAAGAAGGUGGAGUAGCUUCAGGAUUCAAACAUGUGGAAGCUGAAGAACAUAUCACCCGUUUGUUCGUCUGCAGAGGAAAGCAUGUUGUUCAUGUCAAAGAGGUUCCGUUUGCUCGGAGUUCUUUGAACCAUGACGAUAUAUACAUUCUUGACACAAAGUCCAAGAUUUUCCAGUUCAAUGGAUCAAAUUCAAGUAUCCAAGAGAGAGCAAAAGCAUUGGAAGUGGUUCAGUACAUCAAAGAUACUUACCAUGAUGGCACAUGUGAAGUUGCUACAGUUGAGGAUGGGAGACUUAUGGCUGAUGCUGAGAGUGGAGAGUUUUGGGGCUUCUUUGGUGGUUUCGCUCCGCUACCUAGAAAAACAGCUAGUGAUGAAGACAAAACUUACAACUCCGAUAUCACAAAAUUGUUUUGUGUGGAGAAGGGACAAGCAAAUCCUGUUGAAGGAGAUUCUUUGAAAAGAGAGAUGCUGGAUACAAGCAAGUGUUACAUUCUUGAUUGUGGACUCGAAGUGUUUGUUUGGAUGGGUAGAACCACAUCUCUUGAUGAUAGAAAAGUAGCGAGUGGAGCAGCAGAAGAAAUGAUUCGUUCAUCUGAACGACCCAAAUCGCAAAUGAUCCGCAUAAUAGAAGGGUUUGAAACCGUGACGUUCAGAUCAAAGUUUGAUACCUGGACUCAAGAAACUAAUAAUACAACCGUGUCAGAGGACGGUAGAGGCAGAGUUGCUGCACUUUUGCAACGACAAGGAGUGAAUGUGAGAGGCCUAAUGAAAGCUGCUCCACCUAAAGAAGAGCCACAAGCUUUCAUUGAUUGCACGGGGAAUCUGCAGGUUUGGCGUGUGAAUGGUCAGGAAAAGAUACUCCUUCAAGCUUCUGAUCAUUCGAAGUUCUACAGUGGAGAUUGCUAUGUUUUCCAGUAUUCCUAUCCCGGAGAAGAAAAAGAAGAAGUUCUUAUAGGAACUUGGUUCGGCAAGCAAAGUGUGGAGGAAGAAAGAGCUUCUGCAGUCUCUAUGGCUAGCAAAAUGGUUGAGUCAAUGAAGUUUGUGCCAGCCCAAGCUCGCAUCUAUGAAGGAAAAGAACCUCUUCAGUUCUUUGUGAUUAUGCAAAGCUUUAUAGUUUUCAAGGGUGGUAUUAGCAAUGGAUACAAGAAAUACAUAGCAGAGAAAGAAGUGGAUGAUGAUACAUACAAUGAGAAUGGUCUUGCUCUAUUCCGCAUUCAAGGGUCUGGUCCUGAGAAUAUGCAAGCUAUACAAGUUGACCCGGUUGCUUCAUCGCUGAACUCCUCAUACUGUUACAUACUACAUAAUGGUUCUUCUGUCUUUACUUGGAUCGGGAAUCUAGCAACCUCAACUGACCAGGAACUCGUUGAGAGACAGCUCGAUCUUAUCAAGCCAAACCUACAGACUAGAGCACAAAAGGAAGGUUCAGAGUCUGAACAGUUCUGGGAGUUAUUAGGAGGCAAAACCGAAUAUCGGAGCCAGAAGCUCACAAAAGAACCAGAGAGUGACCCUCACUUGUUCUCCUGCUCUUUCUCUAAAGACAUUCUGAAGGUGACAGAGAUAUAUAACUUCACUCAAGAUGACUUGAUGACAGAAGAUAUAUUUAUUGUUGACUGUCACUCAGAGAUCUUUGUGUGGGUUGGCCAAGAAGUAGCCCCCAAGAAUAAGUUGCAAGCUUUAACUAUUGGAGAGAAAUUCAUAGAGAAAGAUUCUCUCCUGGAAAAGUUAUCCCCUGAAGCUCCUAUCUAUGUGAUCAUGGAAGGUGGUGAGCCAAGUUUCUUCACCCGGUUUUUCACUUCUUGGGAUUCCUCUAAAUCAGCUAUGCAUGGAAACUCAUUCCAAAGAAAACUUAGAAUUGUGAAAAAUGGUGGAACUCCAGUUGCAGAAAAACCGAAGCGAAGAACUCCAGCUUCAUAUAGUGGACGAGCCAGCGUUCCUGACAAGUCACAGCAGCGGACGAGAAGCAUGUCGUUUAGUCCAGAGAGGGUUCGUGUGAGGGGAAGAUCUCCAGCGUUCAAUGCACUGGCAGCAACAUUCGAGAGUCAAAAUGCAAGAAACCUCUCAACUCCUCCACCAGUAGUUAGAAAACUCUACCCGAGAUCUGUCACUCCUGAUUCAUCAAAGCUUGCUCCCAAGUCUUCAGCCAUUUCUUCUCGUAGUGCCCUUUUCGAACAACGGUUAAAGACACCUCCCCGAGAACCUUCCGUUUCAAAACCUCCCAAAGCGAGCCCGAAGACACCUGAGUCUCCAGCUCCAGAAUCCAGCUCAAAAGGAAAGGAAGAGAAGAAGGAAAAUGACAAGGAGGAGGAGGAGAAAUCAAUGAGCAGCAGGAUAGAAUCUCUGACGAUUCAAGAAGAUGCUAAAGAAGGUGUGGAAGAGGAAGAAGACUUACCAGCUCACCCAUACGAACGUCUCAAGACAACUUCAUCUGAUCCUGUCUCAGACAUUGAUGUAACAAGGAGAGAGGCUUACCUGUCAUCAGAAGAGUUCAAAGAGAAGUUUGGUAUGACUAAAGAAGCUUUCUACAAGCUGCCUAAAUGGAAACAAAACAAAUUCAAGAUGGCUGUUCAACUCUUCUGAGAUAUAACCCUUCUUCUUCUCCAUCAAAAGCGCGCUAUUAGGGGAGGACACUCACGGGACAGUGUCAGUGCAUUUUAAGCUGCUUCUGCUCCCCCCAUGAGAAGCUCAAUAACAUAUUUUUCAUGGCUUGUUUAUGAAAAACAACCCAUUUUUUUUUCUUUCUUUUAUCUUCUUCAAAAUCUUUCACCUCUGUUUAUCAUCAUCUGCUUGCUUGUCUCUCUGUUAUCAUUUCUAAAUUUUUUUUUCCUUUUUUAUAAGUUUGAUGGGUUGAGGUUAAGAUUGUUCCUUACUCAGGUCACAGGGUUUGGCCUUGAGUCUUUGAUUUAUUUAUUCUUGGGGGUUAUUUUUGCUACCAAAUUAGGGAUAUUUGGUAGCAAAAAUGAAGAUUUUAUUGAAACAAUUAGAGACUGUAGAAGUUGAGAAUUGGGUGUAUUUUGUGUGUACAGCAAAGUUUACAAACUAAACUGUUUUCUGUUAUAUAUCAAGUGAUUUCAGGUUA